GAGACUCCAUGCAUCAUAUGCCAGCGCCGGAAGUUGGUUGAGACACAGCGACGAGCCGUAAUCUGGUUAAAGCGUCGAGUGCGAAGCUUCGCCGCGUUACGUGCGUAGGGAAUUGGUUGGUUGGGAUUUAGAGACUAUCAAUGGAUACUCAGAAGGACGUUCAACCCCCAAAGCAGCAGCCAAUGAUAUAUAUCUGCGGAGAAUGUCACACAGAAAAUGAAAUAAAAUCCAGGGAUCCAAUCAGAUGCAGAGAAUGUGGAUACAGAAUAAUGUACAAGAAAAGGACUAAAAGGUUGGUGGUUUUUGAUGCUCGAUGAAACAUGGAAUUCAGAAGAUUAUCUUCAUUUGGACUUGGACUUGCUGUUAAUGUUGUAUAGCUUUUGAUGAGUGUAUUUAUCUUUAUGAAUACAACUACAUACACAUGAUUUCGUUUUAAAAUUCAUCUUGUAUUUAGGCACCUAUUAAUAAUGUCUAUAAAGAAAAAUUCUUUGUUCAAUUACAUUAUUUAUAAUUUCCUUUUUUUUUUAAUGUUUAUUUUUGAGAGAGUAUGAGCAAGGGAGGGGCAGAGAGAGGGGGACAGCAUAUCUGAAGCAGGUUCUUGGAUCUGUGCACUGACAGCAGCAAGCCUGAUGUGGGUCUCAAACUCAAGAACCGUGAGAUCAAGACCUGAGCCCAAGUGGGACACUCAACUGUUUCAGCCACCUGGGCACCCCUAAUUCACUUUUAUUGUAUGUGUAAUCUGACACAUAGGGAAAGUUAAAAGUGCUUCCCUAAAUCACACUUUUAAUCAAGACCUAGAAUCUUGUAGGGGCCUUGUUGAGAAUGAAGUUUACCAGGGCCCUAUGAAGGUCUGAUUAAGUAAGUUCCUUGGAAACUACUGUUUUACAUCAAAUUUGUAAACCCUCCAGCAUCAUUUUGUAUUGAGUAUACCAGUGUACUUACUGUCACAUAAUGCAUGCAUUAUUUUGAGUUAUAUUUUUCAUUUGUUACUUGGUAUAGGCCUUCUGAUAAAAUGCUUAACUAUUUUUUAAAUCUUGGGUGAGGGAAAAGAAACUUCAAUGGUUGUUUCUGUAAGGCAAAGUCAACCCUAAGUAAAGUGGAUGAGGCAGACUAUUAAGGCAGGUGUAGUUUCUGAGGUGCAGUCAUUAAGGUAAAAAAUUCUGCUUUCAGGAUAUUAAAAAAGGGACUAGUUUACACUGAACUGUGGUUGGAUGUUUAAAACUUUUGCCUUGAUCUUAGCGAUAAGGAUACUCAGACACUCCAUCUGUUCCAGGAUUCCAUCAUUAUGGAAUGUCCUCUGAUACCCAUUUCAAAGAGUAGAUACAUUCCACCUUCACUAAUAGCUAUGUGUGUCUCUGAAAUUCAAAAUCUUUAUCAUGCCAUUUAAAAAAAACCCCUGUGUUUCUACCACCGUCUUUGAAUAUUAAGUUCUGUAAAUUUAUUAUGUGCUAUACAAAGUACUACCAUGCUGAAAUUUUUAAAGAGUGCUUCCUAGGUCUAGGUUUUCUUUAGCCAUGGCUUUCAUAAUUUUGUAAUUCUGCUAUGUUCCUUGUCCUUGUCUCUUUUAGAUAAAAGAGUCCCAAUAAAUAUGAUACGACAAUCCCCUAAAAAACUCCCAACACUUUGGAUAAUGUUGCUGUUAACUGUUUUUUAUUUCAUCCUAGGUCUUUUACAUAUUGUUAGUUUAAUUGAAUAUUGUUAGCUUGUUAAUUAGACAGUGGUUUAAUGGAAAAAGUAUUACCACUGGAAUCCAAGACCAGCAUUUCAAUCAGUCACCUCUUUGUGUCCCUUUCAUCUAUAAAAAUGGAAGUAAUUUUACCUCUUGCCUUUUUAAGGGAAAAAAAAAAGACAAAAGAUAUAUAAUUGCUUUAAAAGAUUCUUUUGAAUAGUGAUGUAUAAAUAUAAAAAUCAGUAAAUCUGAGCUUAAAGUUGACAUAUAACUUGUUCCCUACUUAAACUGCUUACCAAUGACUAUGGAUAUGUAUAUUCAUGAAAAAUGCAUAGAAACAGGUUCAAAUCCAGCCUUGCUACUCAGUGACUGGCCAGUUCAUUUAACUUCAGCUUCACUGUCAAAAUGGAGGAAUUUAUGAUGGUCAGUACAGUGCUUUGAGAUUCUGAAGUUAUCUUCAGAGAUUGAAGUUAUGAAAAAUUUAAAAAUAGUAGAUGAAAUCAGAAAUGGCCACUCUUAAUAAAAUACAUAAGGUAUGAAAGUGUAAACUGAGAAGAUGUAAAAAUGAGUGGCCUCUUCACAUAUACAAAUCCAUGGACAUUUCCACCCCUCCUAGAACAAUUCUGUGUAGAAAAUUGGUCAAGGGGGACUGGCUCUUUGAGCAGAGGGCUGGAGGAUGAGAAGGAACCUGACAUAGCAAGACAAGAGGAAGGAGUAUCCCUGAAAUUGAGGAAAUAGCCAGUAUAAUGGCUCAGGGGUUGAAAGUAAGCUUGCCUUGUUCACACUUCAGAAUGAAGCCCUUGUGAUACACACUUUGAGGUAGGCAGGGAGGCCUGCCCACUUACGGUCUUGUGAUGGGAGCAAGCAGGAGAGUGAUACGGAUUAAGACUUACUUGAGCUGUUCUUUAAGAAUGGACAAUGUAGGAAUGGGUGAUGGAUGGGCAAGCCAGUUAAGGGCCACAUGUAAAUAGUUCAGGAUAAUAAUGAUGGCUGAGCCAGGGUGGUAGCUGUGGAGGGAAGUAAGAAGUACUUGGUUGUAACAUAACAUUUUGAAGUUGAGGUUAAUGAGACUUAUUGGUUAGUACUUAAGAGCUUAGUAAACAGUAUGGACUUUGGUAAAAGGCUUUGGGUUCAGAUAUCCACAGUGUCCUUUAUUGACUGGCCGUGUGACUUCACCAGGAUUCGCUUUCCUCAUUUGUAGUAUAGGCAUGAAAUAAUAGCACCUACCUCAGAGGUUAGUUGCAAGAUAAAAUCCAUAAAAGCUUUUACCAUAACAAAUGUUAACUAUUACCACCAUUACUGUCUAAGUAUUACUGUUUUCCACAAAGAUGAUUUUGUUAGUUUUAGGAUUAGUCUCCCAGCUACGGGCCUUGCUGUCUCCAUACUCUUGAGAUUGCUCUUUCUGAAAUACAGAUUUCAUGGCGCUGUCCUGCUGAAAAUCCUCAGUAGCUCUCCAUUUUGAUAGAGUCAAAACUAUUGGGAAUGGUAUAUUUGGUUCUUGAUAAUAUGACUCCUUUUCUAUCUCUGUCACAAGUUCAGCCCACUUAAACCACUUAAUCUUUUGGUUCUAAGGAGAUCUCUGCAGUUCCUUAAGCAGGUAACAGGACUUAUUUCUUUCUUAUCUGUCCUUUCCCAUGCUUUUUCCCCCUGCGUUGAAAUGAUCUUUUCUGGUGUUCUUCACCAGCAUCAGAAUUUUGAAGGAUUGUUUUAUAGUCCACUAGUUUCCAAUAUCGUUGAGAAGUCCAAAACCAUUCUUCUAUCUAAUUCUUUGUGUGUGAUGCCUUUUCUUUCUGGAAAAUUAGAGUUUUCCUUGCCAGUGUAUCGAAAUUUUAUAAUAUGUGCCUUGGUAUGGGGCUCUUUUCCACUGUUCUGGUCACUUGGGUGGGUACUUUCAACCUGGAAAGUAAAGCUCUUCAAUUCUGGGAAAUUUUCUUGAAUUGUUUAGUAACUUCCUGCCCUCGAUAUUUUCUUCUCUCUAGGUCUUUUUUUAAAAAUCUAGUAUUAGACUUCAUUGACCUGACUUUCUCAUCUUUCCUUUUCCUUUGUUUCUUUGCUCUUUAAAAGGUGCCUUCAAUUUUUCUUUCUUUCUUUCUUUCUUUCUUUCUUUCUUUCUUUCUUUCUUUUUAAAGUAAGCUCUACACACAACAUGGGGCCUCAAUUCAUGACCCCAAAAUCGAGUCACACGCUCCACUAACAGCCAGCCAGGCACCCCUCAAUUUUAGUUUCUAAUCCAUUUAUUGGGAUUUUCAUUUCUGGUAUAAUUUUAAUUUCUACAAGGUUAUUAGUUUUUCUUCAAAAAUAUAUUUGAAUAUAUAUACAUUCAAAGAAAAAUUAAAGUAUAUAUCCAUCCUUGUUUCUUGGAUGCAGUCUUAACUCUAUGAAGAUGAUAGUGAUAAUUUUCUUUUGCCUACAUAGUCUACUCCAGUCAUGUUACUUUUUAUCCUACUUGUUUAUUCAGCAUAAAUGUAUAUACAUAAUUAUAACCAGAAGAAAACAGUGAAAAGAAAAUUACAGGGCAUGUGGAAUUACAACCAUUUCACCGAAUAUUUAAAGGAUUUCUCCCAUGCUGGAAGUUAGAAUAGCCAGUGUUUUAAACCUAGGACAUAGUUGAGUGAAGUUUGUUGGCUGGAAUGAGGUGUGAAAUGAUUAUGCAUGGGUUGGGGCAUGUGAUGACGUUCCCCAUGACAAUUUAAUAAAGCUUACUAAGGAUUAUGCUAAA